GUCUUUGUCGAUGCCUUCCGGCCUGCGAAGGGAAGUGUCCUCCAUGGUGUCAUUGUAGGCGCUCUGAGGUUGAACGUUCGGAAUAAACCAUGUCUGGAUACACUCCGGACGAGAAGCUCCGCUUCGACCAGCUGGUGAAGCUGCGGCGGCAGUGGCUGAAGGACCAGGAGCUCAGUCCGCGGGAGCCCGUCCUGCCGGCCAAACCCCCGGGCGCCAUCGCCAAGUUCUGGGCUGGUUUUCUGGAGCCGAAGAGCCUGUGGAGGCUAUACACCUACAAAGCGUACCGAGGUGGAGUUUUCACACUGACACGGCUGUUGAUACCUGCGUGGCUUGUUCACUAUUACGUGAAGUACCAUAUUGCUACUACACCAUAUGGGAUUGUGGAGCUGAAACCCAAGCUGUUCCCUGGAGAUGUCAUUCAGGAGACAGGCGAAGUUGUUCCAGAUCUCCCGGAAAUCCAUGGCCACCAUUGAAGUUGACAUAUUUCAGUAAUUCCCUCGAGUUUCUGCUGUAAAAACUGUGUAUAUGCCAUUAAAAAACAUUAAAAACGUCUGAGUCUGA